CGCCAGCGGGGCGGCCGCCGCGGGAGAUUGAAGAGCCGGCGAGGCGAAGAGGGGGCGGUGCUGCCGCUAGCAGCCGUUUCCCGGGGGGAGGAGAAGAGGAAGAAAAGGAGGGGGCCGCCCGCCCGCCCCUCGGCCGGCCGGCUGCGGGAGACCCGCCGGGAAUCGCCACCCCUAAAGGAGAAGCGGGGAUCGGGACCCCCCCUUCCGUAGCGCUGAGCCGGGAGCCGCCGCCGGCCCCGACCCCUCCGGAAAAGCCUUAGAAGCGACGUGUGUGUUUUUUGUUAUUUUUUUUUUUUUUUAACCCAGCUGGAAGUCAACGCCUGGCGAGUAAAACUUUGCCGUUUCUCCCGGCGGUUCCCCACAUGCAAGUUGCCAACGUGAGACCGGCGGCUUUUCCUAUCGCUGCUCCCUGGAGCGCUAAGGGCGGGGGGGGGCUCGCCUCCCCGACCCCCUUGUUCAUCCCUGGAGCUGCUCGGUGGCUUUACCUCGCCAUGUGGGGCUAGGAGAUAGGUAGCAGCCAUUCUCCCCCCCACCUCCAGCGUGGAGCUGGUAAAGAUGGAGGCGGCGGGCAAAAGCGACGGCGGGGAGCAGAGUCAUCAAGGCAGCGGCGUGGAGGCCCCCGGGGACGCUUCCAUGGACUGCUACUUGCGAUCUCAGGGCUUGUACAGAAAGAGAGUUGCCAAGGAUGGAUCUUGUCUGUUCAGGGCUGUGGCCGAGCAGGUGUUACACUCUCAGUCUCGGCAUAUUGAUGUUAGGAUGGCUUGUGUAGACUACCUUCGGAAAAAUAGGGAGAAAUUUGAAGCAUUCAUAGAGGGGCCAUUUGAAGAUUAUUUAAAAUGUUUGGAAAAUCCACAGGAAUGGGUUGGACAAGUAGAAAUAAGUGCCCUUUCUCUUAUGUACAAGAAAGAUUUCAUAAUAUACCGGGAACCAAAUGCUUCUCCCUCACAUGUAACUGAAAAUGGCUUUUCUGAUAAGGUAUUGCUGUGCUUCUCAAAUGGAAACCACUAUGAUAUUGUUUAUCCCAUAGACUAUUCGGAAAAGGCUGCUCUGUGCCAGUCUCUGCUGUACGAGUUGCUGUAUGAGAAAGUAUUUGAUACAGAUGUAAAGAAAAUCAUAGCAGAACUUAGUGCUGUUGGUGCCACAGAGGAAAGUAACGGUAGCAGUGAAUUAUCUGCUUCAGAUUCAGAAGAUGACAGCUACAGAAGUAAGGCUACAACAGUUAGUGAUAUGAAUGGAUUGAAGUCUCUUUCUGGCAACAAGCACCUUAAGAGCAAUGGGAAUCCCACCUUGCUGGUCUUACCUAAAAAAGUUCUUAAAUCACUCAAUCCAUUGGUUUACAGAAAUGUUGAAUACGAUGUCUGGCUCCAAUCCAAAUGGGAUCAGCAAAAACAAGAUUUUUCUAUUGCUGCUGGCAUGCAAUACUCAGUUGGAGAUAAAUGUAAAGUGCGCUUAGACCAUAAUGGGAAAUUUUAUAACGCCCAUAUUCAAGAAGUCUGUUCAGAAAAUGGGCCAGUUGUUGUAUUUGUAGAAGAGCUUGGAGCAAAGCAUGCUGUCUCACUGAAGAGCCUUAAACCUCUUCCACAGACCUCUCCUAUGGAGGGCUGGAACACUGUGCCAGGGAAGAAGACAAAAAAGUUUUUCCCAACAUGGGGGCAGAAUGCUCAGCCCGAUGCAGAUUGCAGAGGGCCAAAGAAUCAGAGCAAGUCAAUAAAACCCCAGUCAGCACUACCUCCUCGGCUUCAGCAUACUGUGGGAACCAGACAGCAUCAGUUCUUAUGUUCUGGACCCCAACCUCAUCAGACCUCAACUGAGCAAAAAGCUCCGGGCAGGAAUUCUUCCCAAACUGUGAGGAAACCAGACUGGGAGAGAACUGAGGAUCUGAACCACGGCAGCAGAGAUUGUAACUACUUUGGCCUGUCCCCAGAGGAACGCAGGGAGAAACAGGCCAUAGAAGAAUCUCGUUCGCUUUAUGAGAUCCAACAGAGGGAUGAACAAGCUUUUCCUGCUCUUUCCAAUACCCAGUCAGUCUGUCAGGCUGCUACGCAGACCGGGGAUAAUUUAAACCAGAAAAAGUUCUCAAACAAUGAGAGAAGAAACAGCAAGUGGACAGCAGAGGUGGAAGAGCAGAAGGAUAAAGAGUCAAAUUCCAGGCAGAUCCACUUAAGUCAGAAGCUUGAUCCAAAUUCAUCUGAGAAGAAUAGUCAAGAUGAGAGUUAUCCAAAAGCUUCAUCUCCUUUGGAACAAGUAAAAACAGAUUCUCCAGUUCUUGCUGAGCAAAACCUGGCAGAAUGCUUACCGAGCGUCACUCCAACACCCUCACCAGUUUUUUCUGAGGUGCAUUUACCUCCAGCAGUGCCUUCUGUACCAGCCAUCGUGCCAGCUUGGCCAAGUGAGCCAACAACCUAUGGACCAGCAGGUAUUCCACCCCAAAUACCUGCUUCUUCAUUGAUGCCAGCCCCAGCAACGGGACCUGACUCUCUUGUAUCACAGGCUCAGACUCUGAAUCCUUAUCAGGAUCCUCUGUACCCUGGAUUCCCUUUCAGUGAAAAGGGAGAAAGAGCUGUUGCACCCUCUUACUCCCUGUGCAAUACUGGGGAAGACUUACCUAAAGAUAAGAAUAUUCUUCGAUUUUUCUUCAAUCUUGGUGUGAAGGCGUACAGUUGUCCCAUGUGGGCGCCCCAUUCUUACUUGUACCCCCUGCAUCAGGCCUAUUUAGCUGCUUGUAGGAUGUACCCCAACGUCUCCCUCCCGGUGUAUCCCCAUAACCCCUGGUUCCAGGAGGCUCCGCCGACUCCGAACGAGAGCGAAACGGGGCGGACAAACAGGCACUUUCCUCUUCAGGGCGAGGUCAGGUCCAACGGUCAGAUCCCACCGGCUGACAGCAGGUCUCCAUCGCUGCCUCUCCUCCUCCCCACAGCUCAGGUGUCAGAAAGCCAAGGCCAGGUCUGCGUGGAAGCGGAGAACGCGGUGCAAGCCCUUCACGCCAACUACGAGGAGUCCCUCAGAGGGAAAAACGUGUUCCCUCAGCCCCCCUUUGGACACAAUCCCUUCCUGGGAGCCGUUCCAAUAGCACCCCCUCCUUUCUUCCCUCACUUUUGGUACGGCUACCCCGUUCAGGGCUUCAUUGAGAAUUCAGUCGCGAGACCCAACGUCGUGAUGUCACCCGAGGACAAAGAGGCGGCGGUGGCUGGCACCUCCACCAGCGUGUACAUGGCCAAGGAGUGCAGCCCUCCGGUUCCUGGGGUCAACUGUGCACAACAGCUUCAGAAGACUCACAGCGGUGGUGGUGGCAUCUCCAACACCAUCCCGUUCCCUGCGGCUGGUGCCAGCGGUGAGUGCAGUGCCCCCAAGGAGACCCCAGCGAGGCCACCCCAGUUGGAGCAGAGUUGUCCUUUGGCUUCUCCCGCGAAGCAGAAGGCAGCUGGGCAGCCAAACCGUUCCCCACAAGCGCAGGGGAGCGAGAGGCAGACGGCGGUGGCCAACACCCCACCGCUGCUGGCAGAACCAGCAAAAAACGAACUGAAAAACAGCCUUUCCAGCCGAAAGGAGAAGACGGAUAAAGGUCGGGAUUCCAAGGGUGCUGGUAACGCGCAGGCGGAAAGCAGGGCCCAGAGAACGAGGGAGGAGAGCUCCGAGGACGAGAGCGAAGUCUCCGACAUGCUGAGGAGCGGUAAAUCCAAGCAGUUUUACAACCAGACUUAUGGAGGAGGCAGAAGGCCGAGACUGGAGUGGGGUUAUUCCAGCAGGGGAGGGUACCAGUUCCAAAGAAACGAGGAGACCUGGAAAGGAGCACCCGGCAGGAGCAGGGACGACGGCUACCAGUAUCAGCGCAACUUCCGAGGGAGGCUCUACAGGAACGACAGGAGAAGGGCAACGCUGGGAGAUAAUCAGAGGGGGCAUCAAACAUAGAACGGAGGGAGAAUCGAGAAUUUCAAAACGCAAAAAGUAAUUGGAAGUAGCAGUCGAAAAAUCUUAAUCUUUCUUUUUAGUAAAAUUCAAGGAUAUGUUUAACUUUUGGUAAGUAAAGAUUAGGAGAACGUGAAAUCCUACCAUAUGGUUUUUUUGGGAUUAUAGUUUGUUUGGCUUAGCAUUUUUUUCCUCGAUGUCAAAUUAGAAAAAAUAAAUAAAUAUAGGUUUAGUGUUUGAUAAUUAAUUUUUUUUUCCCCAGAGAGGUUUGAGUUUGUGAUAGAAGACGGAUACGUACAUUUACUAGUGACAAAUUACAGCAUUUGACGUGAUCUAGAUUCUAAAAUUGAUGGUAACAUUGCACCAAAUAUAAAUAUAUUUUAUCAUACAAUGCCUUAGUUCUGAACUGAGCUAAAGGAAUUCUCAGCCUACUGCACUGUUGUCUUUGAUAUGCUUCCAACCCAAAGGCCUUUCAUCUCAAAAAAAAAGAAAAAAAAAAAAAGAAAAAAAAGAAUAAUCUGUCAAACUUGAAUGUUUCUCUUCGGUGUGUUACACGUACGGCAGCCAGCUAACCCUGUGUCUUAGGUAUGUUGUAUAUAGUUCUUUUAAUAUUCAUAGGGUAUAUUUUUUGACUUUCAAAAAAAGCAUUUAUUUGUUGAAAUUGAAAUCAAGACAAGCAGUCAAGAAUAGCUGUGUAUGAAUUGAUAAGAAUGGCUGUUUCCACCAAGAAUUCUUAACGCUGGUGUGACUAGAAUGGUGCCUAUGCCAACUAAAUAAUUACAAAGACAAUAAAAAUGUAGAUGCUAUGCAUUUCCAAAAUAAUUCUGCAUCUGUUAUAAUAGCAGAAGUUUUUUUAAUGCCACUUUAACACUAAUGCACUGACAAAUCCUAGAUAUUUUGUGAGGAGAGAUGCAUAAAGUACAUGUUACGUUGUGGUUUUUUUUUUUUUUUAAGUUUGUAUGGUCGAGCUACUGUUCAGUAUUCUUUUGUUGUUGCACUGUUGAUGCAAAUGGACGUUUUGCAUGUACAAACUCAUUGCUGGAACUACUUUGAAAAAGCAAGGUGGAGAGUCUCGCUGUGCUCUCGCUCUUCCCUACCAUUCAGAAGAAAAGAAGUGGCUUCUGCCUUAUAUUUUUUACACUGUGUCAGAGCUCCGAUGCUGUUUCUUCUGACCCUGCCCCGCGGCGAUCCCUGCAGCGUUCCCCUGGCCGUGGGGGGUGUGCAGCUGCUCCCCAGGCAGAGGCAGGGAGUGCAGGAUUCACUCAGUCUGUAAAAUUUCCCUGUUGUGUAUAUUUUUCUAUCUCUCUCUGUACAUAGUAGCCCAGGUGACGGUACCCUUCCCUCCCCAUCCCAGAUUGUACGCCCUCCAUCAGGAAACUUUGAGUGAUAGUUAACGUGAUCAAGAACUUCUUUUCAGAUGCAUGCCAUGUAUAAAAACCCUACUUAAAAUAAAUGUUUGUCUUUCCACUUUUUU